UCCUGGGUCGCAGUCAGUCCGGCCGGCCCGCGGUCAGUUCUGAGGGGAGACGGGCUCGUUGUGGCCAGAGCCCUGCCCCUCCAGCCUCCCCAGGAGAAGUGAGCUCUGUGGACUCGGGAAUGGCCCCCAUGCUCCUGCCAGCCACGCUUUGCCAGCUUGUUGGGGCGCCAGCAAGAGACCCCGAGGUCCCAGAGGAAGACGUUUGUCCGGGACCCCUGCAUCUGGGAGGGCCGGAGACAUGCAGGAGCCAAGAGCCCCUUGGGGCCACGGAGCGCAGGAACAUCAGGGCAGAGUCUGGCGGUCAGAGAGGUUUGGUCUCCCAGGAGCCAGUGACUUUCCAGGAUGUGGCGGUGGUCUUCACGCAGGAGCAGUGGGCUUGCCUGGACCCUUCUCAGAAGGCGCUGUACCGGGAUGUGAUGCUGGAGACCUACCAGAACCUGCUCUGCCUGGGACUGACCGGGUGUAAGCCCCGGAUGAUCCACCAGCUGGAGCAAGGGGAGGCUCCUUGGAUGCCAGAGAGGAGAGUCCUGGACAGCAGCCGUCCAGAUUGGGAGACUAGGCCUGAAAACAAAGCAUCAACUGCAAAACUGGGCUUUUUGAUAGAACAGUUAGGCUCAAAGAAACUUAUAGGCGAUGUUCUCUGUCUUUACAACUUAAAGGAAGACUGGGAAAUUGAUGCCAGAUUAGGGAGCCAUCAGAGUAUUGAGAUGAAUGAUUCUCAGCAAGAAAAAAUCACCCAAACAGAAAUUCUCAAUGAAGCAAGAAGCCAUGAAUGUACUACAUUCAGUCAAAAUAUCGGCAUAAAACCAAAUCUUUUUUCACAAUAUAAAAUGUCUCUCGGAAAAAACCUCUAUAAAUAUGCUUCACCCAGAAAAAGUUUUCUUCCACUUUCAGACCAAAAUAAAUAUAAUAUCUAUUCAAAGAAGAUAUUUUCUCAGUAUAAUGAAUAUGGGAAAUCUUUUACUUCUCAAUCAGACUUUAUUGAUUCAUUUAGCUUAUAUCCUGGAGAGAAAAUUAAUGAGUAUAAAGAAUGUGGGAAAGACACAAACCUUAGCCUGUUUAUUACUUGCCAUCAGACAAUAGAUAUUGGAGAAAAAAUAUCCAAGUUCAGCAACUUUGAAGGGGCUUCCUCAGAAAGUGUAAAGUUUUUUGAACAUCAGAGAACUUGUACUGGAGAUAAACCUUAUGAGUAUAAUAAAUGUAAGUCUGUCAAUCACAGCUCAUAUCUUAGUUAUCAUGAGAGGAUUUUUACUGAGAAGAAAUCUUAUGAAUGCAAUGACUGUGGAAAGGUUUUUUUUGAGAGUAGAAUGCUAACUCAUCAGAGAACUUGUAUUGGAGAGAUACCCUAUAAAUGUAAUGAAUGUAAAAAGGCUUUUCCCCAGAGCUCAGGAGUCACCCAUAUUCAGAUAAUUAAUAGUGUAGAGAAAUCUUACAAAUGUAAACACUGUUGGAAGACCUUUUGCCAAAAGGGGCAACUUAUUGAACAUGAGAGAACCCAUAUUGGAGAGAAACCUUAUAAAUGUGAUCAGUGUGAAAAGACCUUUAGCCAGAGUACACGUCUUUCCCAACAUCAUAGAAUUCAUACUGGUGAGAAACCUUUUAAAUGUAAUCACUGUGGGAAGACCUUUUCUGCCAGACGAUCACUCACUCAGCAUCAAAGGAUUCAUACUGGAGAGAAACCUUAUAAAUGUGAUCAGUGUGAGAAGACCUUCCACCAGAGCACACAUCUUUCCCAACAUCAGAGAAUUCAUACUGGAGAGAAACCUUACAAAUGUAAUCAUUGUUGGAAAGCUUUUCGCCAGAGAGGUCAACUUACUGAACAUGAGAGAACCCAUACUGGAGAGAAACCUUAUAAAUGUGAUCAGUGUGAGAAGACCUUCCAUCGGAGCACGCAUCUUUCCCAACACCAAAGAAUUCAUACUGGUGAGAAACCUUUUGAAUGUAAUCACUGUGGGAAGACCUUUUCUGCAAGACAGUCACUUACUCAACAUCAAAGGAUUCAUACUGGCGAGAAACCUUAUAAAUGUGAUCAAUGUGAGAAGACCUUCCACCAGAGCACACAUCUUUCCCAACAUCAGAGAAUUCAUACUGGAGAGAAACCUUACAAAUGUAAUUAUUGUUGGAAGGCCUAUCGCCAGAGAGGUCAACUUACUGAACAUGAGAGAAUCCAUACUGGAGAGAAACCUUAUAAAUGUGAUCAGUGUGAGAAGACCUUUCAUCGGAGCACACACCUUUCCCAGCAUCAGAGAAUCCAUACUGGUGAGAAACCUUUUGAAUGUAAUCGCUGUGAGAAGACCUUUUCCACAAGGCAAUCACUUACUCAGCAUGAGAGGAUUCAUACUGGAGAGAGACCUUAUGAAUGUAAUGAAUGCAGAAAGACCUUCCAUGUGAAGAAGGAGCUUACCCAGCAUCAGAGAAUUCACACUGGAGAGAAACCUUAUAAAUGUUACCACUGUAGGAAGGCCUUCCGCUUGAGUACACAACUUACCCAGCAUCAGAGAAUUCAUACUGGAGAUAAACCUUUUUGUUGCAAUCACUGUGGGAAGACCUUCCGGCUAAGCACACAGUUUAUCCGACAUCAGAGAAUUCAUACUGGAGAGAAACCUUACAGAUGUAAUCAUUGUUGGAAGGCCUUUUCCCUUAGAGGGCAACUUACUGAACAUGAGAGAACCCAUACUGGAGAAAAACUUUAUAAAUGUGAUCAGUGUGAAAAGACAUUCCAUCGGAGCAUACACUUUUCCCAGCAUCAGAGAAUUCAAACUGGUGAGAAACCUUUUGAAUGUCAUCAAUGUAGGAAGUCUUUCUUUCAGAGAAUACAUCUUACUCGACACCAGAGAAUUCAUACUGGAGAAAAACCUUAUAAAUGUGAUCAGUGUGGGAAGACUUUUGGCCAGAAAGGCAAUCUUACUCAAUCAGCAUAAUCAAUAUAAGAAGGCCUUUGAAGAGAAUACACAACUUAUCCAGCAACAGCAGAACCUUUGUACUGGAGAAGAGCUUUAUGAGAGGAAUCAAUGUUAAAAAAUUGCGUGUGUGUGUGUUUGUGUGUGUGUGUGUGAACUACGUAGCAUCAGACAGUUCAAACUGGAGAGAAAUCUUGUGAAAAAGGCUUCUUGUAAAGAAAUAACUGACAUGAGAAUCUCCAUAGAGAAAAAAAAAUUUUAUAAAUAUAUUCUGUGUUGGGUGUCCUUCAGUCUAAGUAUAGAGAUUACCCUACAAUAGAUAGUAACCUUAGAUAUGUACUCAAUUGUGUCAAGGUUUUCAAUGUGAUAUCUUCAAUUUACAUCAGAGAAUUCUUAUUGGUGAGAAACUUCAUGAAUAUAAUCAAUGUUAUGAGGCAUUCAGCCAUAAAGGCCUUCUAUCUGUACAUUAGAUUAAUAUAUAUAGGAAUAAAACCUUAUGAACAUAAAGAGACUGGGGAAGUCUGCUUUAGAGAUCUCCUUAUUCUAUACCAGAAAAUGAAUGUUGGAAGGCCUUGCAAGUGAGGAUAUAGUUUACCUAACAUUAUAGAAUUCAUAGAGGAGAAAUUCUUCUGAACAUGUUUUUAAUGUAAGGAAACCUAAACACAUAGUGAUAUCCCAACAUCAGUGGUAUCAUUUUGGAUAGAAACCUUAUAAAUAUUUAAUGUGAAAUUAGAGUGAAAAAUAAUUUAAUUAAUGUAACUGAGUAUAACAUCAUAAAUAAAUGAAUGGAGGUGCUCUGUUCCCUGAGUUGCCAUAUCAUGAAUGUCACAAUGGAGGAAAACAGUAUUGUGUCAGGAAUAAGGAAAGAUCUUUUCCUAAAAUGCAAAACUUUCUUGUCUUCAAGAAUAUUCAUUUGAAAGAAACCUAAUGUAAAAAACUGUGGGCAGGCCUUCUUGAAAUUAGAAUAGUGUAACAAUAGAGAAUUCUGGAGAGAAAUUUUAUAAAUGUGGAAAGUCUUCCCUCUGACUGUAUUGCUAAAUAACUAAAUGAAAUGGCUUAAUUAUUAAAAAAAAUUAUAACAAAUGCAAAAGGGCUUUCUUUCAAAAUGGAGGACUUGCCUGAAAUCUGCAUUUAUCCUAAAUGUUCUGUGAUUGUAAGGAAUUUGGGAAGGUGUUCCUUAUGUCAGCACAGUUUAUACAAUGUCAGAGAAUUCAUAUUGCAGAAAGUGAUAGGCAUUCUACCAUGGUUUAAAUACUGUAUGAAAUAUCAAACAGUUCUUCCUCAAAAGAGAAAUGUGUUAAAUCCAUCCAUUAGAAGUUUUUGUUUCUUUGUCCAAAAAAAAAAAAAAA